CGCGAUCCGCCGCGCGGCGGGGGUCCGGCGAUCCGCCUCUGAUUUCGGGGUCGCGCCGCGGCGACCUGGGGAGGUGAGCCGGCUGUCUAGCGCCCCGAUUCGGGGCCUGCUCGGGCGGGUUUGCGGGGGUUUUGGUGGGAAUUUGGCCGGGGAGCGUGCUUAGGGCGGAGAUUCGGAUUUGGGAGCUGGCCGUGUUCGUUUGGCGCGGAGGGGUUUGAUAGCUGCUGCCGGCGAGCUUCGUGCGAGAAGAGCAUGUGACGUUGAUACUCUAAUGAUGAAGGAGAGGAGCUCUUUAUGUGAAAGUGCGGCAGAUGGAAAUUGGGUUUUGAAAUACAAAAGGAAACGGAGCAAGUUAACGGUUAGUCCAUCAAGUGAGCAUGGAGCUUCCUCACCAGUACUGGAUUCUCCAAUGAACAAUGGCUCUAUCAAAAAGAAGUUCAAAUAUGACAACAUUUCUCCAUCAGCCAAGAAGAUAAGAGGAAAUGAUGGGUACUUCUAUGAGUGUGUAGAAUGUGAUCUUGGUGGCAACUUGCUGUGCUGUGAUAGCUGUCCUCGAACAUACCACUUGGAAUGUCUUAAUCCCCCUCUCAAGCGUGCACCACCUGGAAAUUGGCAAUGCCCAAGAUGCCGUACGAAAAAAGUAAGUUUGAAGCUCUUAGACAAUGCUGAUGCUGACACCUCUAAACGUGAAAGGACAAGGAGAAUGCGCACAAGUACCACAUCAGACAGCCCAUCUCCACAUAACAAAGUCUCUUUUAAUACAUCACGUGGUGCUGCUAAGGAUGAUGAACCCAGUGCAAAAGACAAUGGAGUUGAGAAAAGGAAACCAUUAAUCUUACAUUUGAAGAAGCGUUCAACCAAGGAACUAUCUACAGAUACCACAUCCUCAAAGUCAGGGUUGCUUGGAAAGUCUUCAGAAGAGAAACAUGAUAAGCAUGAAAGUACUUUGAAAGUGAAGAAACCUCUGCAGUCCAUGGAACUACCUCCAAAGAAAUAUAAGAACAAGAAGCAACAAAGUCACAGAGAAAGUAAGAGAUCUGAAGCAAAAAAGGUCAAAUAUGUGGCAUCAGAUGUGGACAGUGAUUCUUCAAUGGAACCAUCUACUUCUCUUGAGCACAGCGAAUCACCACCACCCAAAAAAAAACCAUUGGAUGGAAGAACACCUGCAUCAAGUACCAAGAAAGGAAAAAAGAAAGUGAAAUUUGUUGAUAAAAAACAUCCUGAGAAUGCCGUUCAUGUAACUGAAAAGGAGCAUGGUGGUGCAGGAGACAAAAUAAUGACUCAGGAGGACCGGCAGGUUGAUCGCGUCCUAGGAUGUCGUCUUCAGACAAGUCAAAUCAUUUCACCUGCCCAGGCUUCAUCACAGCAGAUUGAAUCAACUAAUUUGCAUCUGGAUGAUAUGGCCACUCCUAAUGCUUCCAGUCUACCAGAACCUAGUCAAGCCUUUUCAAAAGGAUUUCAUGAAGAAGUUCAGUCAUCUAAAAGUGAUACUAAUGUGACAGAGGAUGCAUGUGCUGAUGAAUUAGAAAACCAUGGUGGUGAAAAUCAUUUGGAUUGUUCUGAAGCUCAAAAGGACAGUAACGUUAGAUCCCAUGAACACAAGGAGUCACUUAGCGCAAAAGAAAUCAUGAAUACAUCAUUAGUGCAUUCCACUGAUCAAAUCAUCACAGUAAAAGAUGCUGGAGCUGUACAGACGAAUGUAACAGCUUCAGUAAAUGGUGAAUAUGAGACAGUAACUGACAUUCCAGAAGAAAAGAAUAACACUAAACAUUCAGUUUCCAAAGCUGAGGCAGAAGUCCAUACUAAACAAGAACAUACACCUGAAAGUAAAUUACAUGUGAAAAUACAAGAAGCUGAAGGGAAGGAGCUUGAAGGAACUACUUAUGAGUUUUUAGUCAAAUGGGUUGGCAAAUCGAAUAUCCAUAACAGCUGGAUUUCUGAAUCUGAACUGAAAGUAUUAGCUAAAAGGAAACUAGAAAAUUACAAAGCAAAGUAUGGAACGUCUUUGAUAAACAUUUGCAAAGAACAAUGGUGCCAACCACAAAGAGUUAUUGCUCUGCGCACUUCUUUAGAUGAAGUAGAAGAAGCUUUGAUCAAAUGGUGUGGUCUUCCUUAUGACGAAUGCACGUGGGAAAGAUCAGAUGAACCUACAAUGGUGAAAUAUGCCCAUUUGGUCACACAGUUCAAAAAAUUUGACUGCCAGGCUUUGGAUAAGGAUAUGGGAGGUAAAGCAAAUGCAAGAGACCGCCAAGAGCUUAAUGUGUUGGUUGAGCAGCCAAAAGAACUCCAGGGAGGCAUGCUUUUCCCUCAUCAACUGGAAGCAUUGAACUGGCUACGCAAGUGCUGGUACAAGUCAAAAAAUGUUAUCCUUGCUGAUGAGAUGGGUCUUGGAAAGACUGUGUCAGCCUGUGCUUUUCUAUCAUCCCUUUGCUGUGAAUUUAAGAUUAAUUUGCCAUGCCUUGUCUUGGUUCCUCUUUCUACUAUGCCCAACUGGAUGGCUGAGUUUGCUUCAUGGGCACCUCAUUUAAAUGUUGUGGAGUAUCAUGGUUCUGCACGGGCAAGAUCUAUUAUUCGUCAAUAUGAAUGGCAUGAGGGUGAUGCAAGCCAGAUAGGUAAAAUCAAGAAGUCUCACAAGUUCAAUGUUUUGCUCACUACUUACGAAAUGGUGCUUGUUGAUGCUGCAUAUCUUCGUUCUGUAUCAUGGGAGGUUCUUAUAGUUGAUGAGGGUCAUCGUCUGAAGAACUCUAGCAGCAAACUCUUCAGUUUGCUCAAUACAUUAUCGUUUCAGCAUAGAGUUUUGCUGACUGGAACUCCGUUACAGAAUAACAUUGGUGAAAUGUAUAACUUAUUGAACUUCUUACAACCUUCUUCUUUCCCUUCUCUAGCUUCAUUUGAGGAGAAGUUCAAUGACCUUACAACAGCAGAGAAAGUGGAGGAGCUGAAGAAACUUGUAGCUCCACAUAUGCUUCGAAGACUGAAAAAGGAUGCAAUGCAAAAUAUCCCUCCGAAGACGGAGCGAAUGGUGCCUGUCGAAUUGACAUCAAUUCAGGCUGAAUACUACCGUGCUAUGCUUACAAAGAAUUAUCAAGUACUGCGCAAUAUUGGGAAAGGUGGUGCUCACCAGUCAUUGUUGAACAUAGUAAUGCAGCUUCGGAAAGUCUGCAAUCAUCCAUAUCUUAUUCCUGGAACUGAACCUGAAUCAGGAUCACCAGAAUUUUUGCAUGAAAUGCGAAUAAAGGCCUCAGCAAAGUUAACUUUGUUGCACUCUAUGCUUAAAAUCCUACACAAGGAUGGUCAUCGAGUUCUUAUUUUUUCUCAGAUGACAAAGCUUCUUGACAUCCUUGAAGAUUACCUGACUUGGGAGUUUGGUCCGAAAACAUUUGAAAGAGUGGAUGGUUCGGUAUCUGUGGCAGAACGCCAGGCAGCAAUUGCUCGCUUUAAUCAGGACAAGAGUCGUUUUGUGUUCCUGCUAUCUACACGAUCAUGUGGGCUUGGUAUUAAUUUGGCAACUGCAGAUACUGUUGUCAUAUAUGAUUCUGAUUUCAAUCCACAUGCCGAUAUACAGGCAAUGAACAGGGCACACAGAAUCGGGCAGUCAAAUAGACUUUUAGUUUACAGGCUUGUUGUGCGUGCUAGUGUUGAGGAGCGUAUCUUGCAACUUGCGAAGAAAAAAUUGAUGCUUGAUCAACUUUUUGUUAACAAAUCAGAAUCACAGAAAGAAGUGGAAGAUAUUAUUCGUUGGGGAACAGAGGAACUCUUCAGGAAUAGUGAUGGUGCAAAUGUUAAAGAUAAUAAUGAAGCUUCUAGUGCUAAAAAUGAUAUAGCAGAUGUUGAGUUUAAGCAUAGAAGAAAAACUGGUGGACUAGGCGAUGUUUAUGAAGACAGGUGUGCUGAUGGUUCUGCUAAAUUUAUUUGGGAUGAAAAUGCUAUCACAAAGCUUCUUGACAGAUCCAACCUUCCAUCAACAGUAGCUGAAAGCACUGAUGGGGACUUGGACAAUGAUAUGCUUGGCACUGUAAAGUCAAUAGAUUGGAAUGAUGAGCUGAAUGAUGAUCCUGGCGCCACUGAGGACGUCCCAAAUAUUGAUAAUGAUGGUUCCGAGCAGGCAUCUGAAACAAAGCAGGAUGCAACUAAUCGUGUAGAAGAAAAUGAAUGGGACAAACUCUUACGUGUCAGAUGGGAGCAGUAUCAAAUUGAGGAGGAAGCAUCUCUUGGCCGAGGUAAGCGUUUAAGGAAGGCUGUUUCUUACAGGGAAACAUUUGCAACCAUUCCUAAUGAAGCUUUAAGCGAGGACUCUGAUGAGGAGGACGAACCAAAGAGAGAAUACACUGCAGCUGGACUGGCUUUGAAGGAAAAAUACGGAAAACUCCGAGCUAGACAAAAAGAGAGGAUUGCUCAGCGCCAUUUGAUUAAGAACUAUGCUGAUGAUAGACUCGAAGAGUUCAUGAAACUAUAUGAUUCGAGUGCAAAUCCCUUGAGAAUUGUAGAAGAUCCCAAUCCUGUGCAGCCAUCUGGGGCUAAACGUCUCAAUGAAUCAACUGCAGAAAUGAAGCAAUCCUCGAAGAAAACAAAGAGAUAUCCUGAAAUUCCUCAAGAGCUUUAUGCCAAGCUUCCGGGCAAUACUGCUUCAUCGAAACACCACCCAAAAGCUGCAGAUAUCUCCAAUCCAGGAACUCCACAUCACCUCUUACCUGUUCUUGGCCUUUGUGCUCCAAAUGCUGAUCAGAUGAACUCAUAUAAAGGUUCAGUUUGUGGGCCAAGCACAAAGGAACAAAAGAAAGCUAGUAGUGAACUAGCCAAUAAAUCGCUAUUGACUCCUGCAGAUCAUUCUAGCGAACAGAAAAAUGAUGUCCAACCAACUUCUUGUAAGCCUAUGUUUCCUGGUUCCUCCGAGGAGACUUUGCGAAGGCUUAAUAACAUCAUUCCAGAUAGUUACUUCCCCUUCCAACCUAUUCCUCCUAUUCCUGGGAAGGGGAUUGGUGAUCCCGUAGAAAAUCCUGUAUCGUCCUUUCCUUCAUUUCAAGGGAAACUGGGUCUUCCUAAUUUUAAUCUGGAAGACAGCAUUCCACUUAAGCAUAUGAAGUCAGUACCAGAUCUUUUCCCCAACUUGUCAUUGGGCACUAGCAAUGAAUAUCUACGUAAUUGUGUCCCAGAACUGCCAAAUAGUUCAUUGCUACCAAGCUUUAUGGCAGAUAUUGCUGGAACUUCAAAACAGAAGAACAAGUUCAUGGCAGAUAUGUCUGGCCUUCUUCCAGGUUUGGCUAUGAACCCUGUUCAACAAAUCCAUUCAUCCAUGCCUGAAAAUCAUAAGAAGGUCUUGGACAAAUUAAUGAUGCGUGCUCAAUAUUCCUCAAGCAAGGUCUUGAAGAAUGCCUCAAAUAAGUUCCUAAAAAAGAGUCCAAAACCUGACUACUGGUCAGAAGAUGAACUUGAUGCAUUGUGGAUUGGGGUUCGUAGGCAUGGAAGGGGUAACUGGGAGGCCAUGCUUAGAGAUCCAAAGCUCAAGUUUUUGAGCCACCGAUCUCAUGAAGAGCUAGCCUCGAGAUGGAUUUUGGAGGAGCAGAAAAUUAUAGAGGAACCAAUGUCUACAGCCACCAGAAACUCCAACUCUACAUCAUUUCCUGGAAUAUCGGACGCAAUGAUGUCUCGGGCACUUAAUGGAAGUAACUUCUCCAAACUGAGGAUGGAGCCGCCAAAGUUGCAGUCCCACCUAACUGAUAUUCAGUUAGGUUGCAAUGAUAUACCAACUAGAUUUUCUCAUGUUGAGCCCACUAAUUACAUGAAUUUAAGUGAGGGUGGUCCCUCACUGACACCGUGGCAGGAUUUCAAAAACAGAUCAGGAUACAGUGGAGAUUUUCCUGGCACACUUGACAAGUGGGAGAAACCUGAUAUUGGACUGAUCCCACCAUUUAUGCCAAAUCCUUUUAUGAAGGAAAGCAUUGGCUCACUGCCCAUAAACAGACACAACAGUAGUUCCAUUCAGCAGAAUGAAGUUGGACUGAGUUCCCAUGAGAGCAUUCUUCAUGGUUUUUCAGAUGGACAAGCCAAAUUAUUCCAUGAGAUGCAACGGCGUGUCAAAUUAGGGAAAUUGCCGAUUGAGAUGAAUCUGAAUCACACAAGGCUUUCAGAUCCUCUAAUUGAGAACUCUGGUGAUUUUGGAAGUUCAAAACCAAACAAGCUACCACAUUGGCUUCAGGAGGCUGUGCGUGCACCUCCAUCUAAGCCACCUGAAUGUGAACUACCAGCAACUGUUUCAGCAAUUGCUCAAUCUGUGUGCCUACUACUUGGAGAGCAAAAACCAGCAAUACCUCCAUUCCUGAUUCCAGGACCUCGUCUUUCUCUCCCCAAGGACCCAAGGAGUGCUCUAAAGAAGAGGAGAGUUCACAAAGUUCAGCAAACUUCUUCCCACGCGGAGCAUCCCAAAAUCACAGUUGGGCAAGGUGACCAGAGCUCUACUCCAUCAGCACUGCUAUCCAAGGAAGCUGCACGUGCCUCUCCUGCAGUUUUUAAAAGCAUUGAUGGUUCCUCACUCAACUUGAACUCCCCUUCUUCAUCGUCAGCUGGCAGUCAGGGGCAGGAUGUUUCAACUCCCACUCUUGAAGUACCCCACAAAACCAUGGAAGGUCAAGAACCUGCUGCCGCCGCUGGCACUUGCCCAUCCACGCCAGAGGCUCCUGAGACAGGUACUCAGAGCGAAUUGUCUGGAUCGUGUAGAUCGCCCGUGAGGGAUACUCCUGAUCCUGACAAUCUGAAGAGCAAAUUGUCUGGAUCAGUCAAUUCACCUACGGGAAUGUCAGGGUCGCCAGUGGUUGAUGCACCUGGGGCAAGCAGCAAGCCAGCUGCAGUGACCCUAUCAAGUGACGACGAGUCGACCCAAGAGGGUGUAUCAUACAAAGCCGUAACCGUCAGCGACCAGGAGAAAUCGACUCCCCCUGACGAUAGCAAAAAUUCAGGUGCGGCAGAUUCAGUUUCGACUCCCCCUGACGAUAUCAAAAAUUCAGGUGCGGCAGAUUCAGUUUCGGCAGCUCAGACAGCUGACGAAGAUAAGGUGGACGAGAUGCUCACAAAUGAGCAUUAAGACAUUUGAGCAAAUGAGCUCAAUGCUUAUUUUUCUUCCAUUUAGCGCUGGGAUUUUCCCUUUCCCAAUGGUUUCCAGUGUGUGGGGGUACCUGCAUUUUGUGUUUGUAUGCUUAGCCCAGAAUCCAGAUAGAGUAAAAUCCAGGGACUAGUAGUUUAGCCCUAGUCCAGCGGGAGCAAACUCUCGAAAGCCCUUAUAUACAUGAAGUGUAUAUUUUCUGACAAUUGUACCUUGGACAAGUAUUCAUUUAUUUAUGCGUGUAUGGUCUAGAUAGUCCUCUACGAUCCCAGGGUUACAAUUUGGAAAUACAUGUUUGUGUAUGG